AUGGCGAUGGCGUUUAAGUUAGUAUUGUCGGAGGAGAAGAUCCGAGAGAAGAGCGGUCUCGGUCAUCGCGAUUUGCGUGCACUUCAGUCACUAUCUAUUCCUGGAACUUACCAAGAAAAGAUUACUCAUCUAGGAAAUUCUUUGAAAAAUUUAACUUGUUUAAAGUCUCUAGAUCUCUCACGCAAUUCAUUGAUUUGUCUAGAGGGUAUCGAGUACUUAACAUUAUUAGAAAAUCUCAAUCUUUACUACAAUAAUAUUUCCUCACUAACAGAAGUAUUUCGGCUUCAUCAAUUAACUGAACUAAAAGAUGUGGAUUUGCGACUGAAUCCUGUAGCUAAGAAUGAGCCCGAUUAUCGUCUUUUUCUUGUGUAUAUAAUUCCAAGACUUAGACAGUUAGAUAAUCGUUUAGUGAGAGAGAGUGAACGAAAAGCAUCUCUUUCACAUUUUUCUAUGGAAGAAACAUUUGAAUCGAAACAGAUUUCUUCAAAUUCAUUGAAAAACAAAGCAGAAAGAGAUCAACAUUCCAGAACUAAAUACAUUGACUCCCUAACAAAGAAGUGUUCAGUCAUGGAUGCAGAAGAUGAAGCUGUUCUAAAUCUAAUUGCUGAAUGUGAAAUGGAUUUGAGUAAGCCUCCCGGGAUUACAAGUGCCAGUAAAAAAGACUGUGCUGUGCCUGAAUUUCAUAAUUUGCAAGGUUCUAGACAUCUCCUUAGCCCUAAAUCUUUGACAAAUAUCUCUGAAGAUAACUUAAGGGGCUUUGAUAGAAAAAAAAGCAGCAGCAAAGUGAGUUUUCUGGAUGAUAAACUUCAUGAACAUCCCAACUUGAAAUGUCAAGAUGAAAUAGAAGGUCAGCAUAAACAUACGUCUCCCAGUCAUUUUGACCUCCAUCCCUCAGAAUCUACAGGAAUAGAGGGACCAUUCAAUAGUCCUGAACAGAAGAAAGUUACGUCAGCUCAAAAGAUGCUAAAAUCUUUAGCUACUUCUGGAAUAAUAUAUAAAAGAAAAAUGCUUUAUAGAAGAUUACAGUCAAUUCAGGAAGAGAAUUGUCAGGAUCUUUUGGAAAGAAAUAAUAGAUUAUCCAGUGCUGAUGAAAGUAUUUUCAACCAACAAAUGGAAAGAAAAAUGGAAUUGGAAAGAAAAAAUGACAGAAGUUUUUCUAACGUUGAGGGAUCUGAACCUGAUAGAUCUGAACAACCAAGGACUAAAAACAUAAAUGCAUCUGUCAAAGAGGUAUCAAAAUCUCAUUCAACGACACAGACAAUGAGUAAGGAUAUGUUUGAAAUGGCACUCUUGGAUACUCUUUUGGAUUUAGUGGAUAAAUAUUGGAAUGGUCGCAAAUCUCUACACGCCAAUGAGAAGUUUCUUUGUCAGGCAAGACAUGUUUUAUCUUCUGUGCAAACAUCUGCAUCCAGUCAGGAAAAUUCAUCAAUCAUGAGUGAAAAAAUUAAUCACUUGAUUUUAGAAAAUGAAGCAUUACAAAAUCUUGCUGAACAAGAGCAGCAGUACAAUAUAAGGAUUAGUGGGCUGAUGUUGGAAUUAAACAACACACUUAAGGAGAUGGAUACCUUGAAACAACAAUUAGGCAAAUCAUUGGAAGAAAACAACAGUUUGAAAUCACGUUUGUUAAAUAUGGAACAAGAUGCUAGACAGGGAGAUUCUUCAGCUGUAUUAACUAUGCAGAUUAAUGAACUUCAAAACAAUAAUCAGGAGUUGUCUAGUGAAAUUAAUAACUUAAAGGAGCAUCUUGAACACUACGCCAGGAUUCAGGAACUCACAGAAAUGCUUCAGGAAAGUCACAGUUCCUUGAUUUCUACAAAUGAACAUCUUUUGCAAGAACUCACUCAGACCCAUAUUCGACACAGGGCUGAAGUUGAGCAGUUACACUGGAGUUAUAAUGAGUUAAAAAAGACAAUGUCUCAGUUUCCUCUUAGCAACUCUGACCUCAGCAGUAGUUAAUAUGUGUGGAAUGGUGGAGAACAUACUUUUAACUCUUCAGUCCAUAUUUUUGUAUCUAUAUUUUAAAAUUAUAUUGAAACUUUUUACCUCUGAUUUUUGUAUUUUUUCAUAUUUAAUUGUUCAGGAAAGAUUUCGUUAAGACAAAUUUAUCUUCUGUUUUUGGAAAUAUGUAUGGAGAUAAUAAUUUUUUUAAAGUUUCUUAAAUAUCAUAGGAGAGUGAAAAUGUAGAGUUUUUCUUCUGGGGAAAUCCUAAUCCUUAGCAUGUAAAUAAGGAACAGGCAUUGAAAUUUAGCAUUAAUGCUUAAACAAAUAUUCAGAGAUACAUUGAGUGGCCUUUUAUUAUCUGUAAUCUAAAACUGGUAAAUUAUUAAAUGGUGAUUGUUAUUUGAUAUAAUAAGCAUCCACAAGGGAAACUCACUUGUAGGUAUUUCUUAUUAGGUAGUCCUGAAAAUUUGGUUAUAUAAAGUGAGUCUUUGUAAAUUUAAUAUUAACUUUUCGUUGAGUGCUAUAAUUAUCAUAAUCGUACGUGAGAGGUACAUUUUCAAAGGAAGAAAAUUUGGCCUCAAAAUAUAAUCAGAAUCCACUUUAAAAUUCAAGAAACAACCUAUAUUGGAAAGAAAACAUUUUUCUAAUUAUAAUCACAAUAAUUCGGAAAGUACAAAUAAAACUGUAUAGGC